GUCAGACAACACGUGCGCGCUCGCGAUAACGUUAUGUCUUACGAGACGUGACUCUAUGUGUUGUUAUGUAAUUGAACAUUUUAUUGACUGUUUCUGAAUAUUUGGCGACAAAAAUAUCCAGAGUAUUAUGACUGGUUUUUAUAAGCUACGUGCUGCAUAAUAUUUUGCUGAGUAAAGAGUUUGAAAGCCUUUUACUUAAGAAGCCCAUACUUUCAUAGAUAGUUAAAUGUUGUCGCCAAUAACUUACUUCAUGAAACCAUUUCCAGUAAACGUGUGAAUAGACAAUGAACGUACUGUUAUAAGUGUAGAGUUGUGAAUAUCUGUGAGUUGGACUCUGGACUAAGUGGCAGGCGACAGGACGUGGAAAACUGGAGCAGGCGUAAAAUGGAAGCUCAUGCGAACGGCCACCAAUAUAGGAGCUCUCUACCAGUGGCCCAGUUCAGUCGCGGCGACUUCUCGCUGUGGUCGGUGCUGAAGAACUGCGUGGGCAAGGAGCUGUCGAAGAUCACGAUGCCGGUGGUGUUCAACGAGCCGCUGUCCUUCCUGCAGCGGAUGCUGGAGUACCUGGAGUAUGCGCACCUGCUGCGGCUGGCGGCGGAGCAAACGGACCCUGUGGCGCGCAUGGAGUAUAUAGCUGCGUUCGCGGUGAGCGCGCUGGCGUCGAACUGGGAGCGGCUGGGCAAGCCCUUCAACCCGCUGCUGGGCGAGACCUACGAGCUCGAGCGACCGGAGUUCCGAGCCGUUUGCGAACAGGUGUCGCACCACCCGCCAGUGUCAGCCUUCCACGCGGACAGCCCGCACUUCGUGUUCCACGGCUCCGUGCACCCCAAGCUCAAGUUCUGCGGCAAGAGCGUCGAGAUACAACCCAAGGGCCACGUCACUGUGGAGCUGCCACGCUGGGGCGAGGCGUACACGUGGACGAAUGUGAACUGCUGCGUGCACAACGUGAUCGUGGGCAAGCUGUGGAUCGAGCAGUACGGCAACAUGGAGGUGACCUGCCACGGCGGCGCCGGCCUCAAGGCUAGCCUCAGCUUCAAGCCGGCAGGAUUCAACAACCGGGAUCUCCACCGGGUUGACGGGUUCAUUGUUGAUGCCAACAAGAAGAAGUUAAAGUUCGUGUACGGCAAGUGGACGGAGUACAUCAAGUGCUGCAGCGCCGGCGCGCACGAGGCGUGGGCGCGCGAACAGGACGGGCCUUCCCCCGCUCAUACCCCAAAGAAGGUGCUGGCCAAGCUGAAUAGCUUCAAGGUGGGAGCUCUGCGCUCCAUGUCCAUACAAGAUACGGACGAAGCGGAAGGUUCAGAGGAGGUUCCGAAGCCGGACGACUCCUACAACAUCGACAUACCCAACUCCGUCACGCUGUGGGAGGCGCGUCCCAGACCCGCUAACAGCGCACAGUAUUACCAAUUCACGGAGUUCGCGAUGUCCCUCAACGAGAUGGAGAAGGACAUGAAGGGUCAGCUGUGUCCGACGGACAGCCGGCUCCGGCCGGAUAUCCGGCUGCUGGAGCAGGGCGAUAUAGACGGUGCCGCCGCAGAGAAGACCAGGCUGGAGGAGAAGCAAAGGACCGCCAGGAAGGUGCUGAAGAAGAGCUCGGAUGGAUGGCAGCCGAGAUGGUUCAGCCAAGGCACCAACCCGUACACCAAACAGGAGGACUGGCUGUACAACGGCGGCUACUGGGAUCGCAACUACCAGCACCUCAAGGAUAUCGACAUAUUCUAGAGCAGCAUAGCUGGGCACCGUUAAUCAAAUAGUUAACUUCGU